AUGGCCAUGAUCAUCGUUCUGCUGGCACUGUGCUCAGCUCUUGGGAGCUGCUCUCGCGCGUUCCGCACGCGGCACGAGUUGCGCGAGGCUGUGGUUGCUUGGGCAAAUGGUUCGGCAGGAAGGAGGGACCUUGAGGCGAUGUACGGCGAUAUUUCGAGCUGGGAUGUUUCUGGCGUGGCCAACAUGAGCGGGCUGUUCCAGGACCUUCCCAUGUUCAACGAAGACCUCCGAAUGUGGAAUACUGCAUCGGUGACUGACAUGCGCUCAAUGUUUGAGAACGCAUGCGCCUUUAAUCAGCCGAUUGGGGCAUGGGAUACAUCAGCUGUGAUGGACAUGAGCAAGAUGUUCCAAGCAGCUCACACGUUUGACCAGCCUGUCUUUUCGUGGAACACCUCGGCUGUCACGGACAUGCACGGGAUGUUCUUUGAUGCUCACGCCUUCAACCAACCAGUUGGCUCAUGGGAUACGUCUCGGGUCAGGAACAUGAGCGCAAUGUUUUCGAAUGCUUAUGUGUUCAAUCAGCCCAUCGGUUCGUGGAACACGGUAGCAGUCACAGACAUGAGCUGGAUGUUUUACGGUGCCCAAGCAUUCAACCAGCCGGCCACUUCUUUCAACCAGCCUAUGGGCUCAUGGAAGACAUCUUUGGUGACAAACAUGCGUUCAAUGUUCGAGAACGCGCAUGUUUUCAACCAGCCCAUUGGUUCGUGGGACACAUCAGCAGUGACCACCAUGGAGAAUAUGUUCUUUCAUGCGCACGCCUUCAACCAACCAGUUGGCUCAUGGGAUACAUCUCAGGUGAAGACCAUGCAUGCAAUGUUUGACAAUGCGCAUGUGUUCAACCAGCUUGUCGGUAGGUGGAAUACGGCAGCAGUUACAGACAUGAGCGGGAUUUUCUUCGAUGCCCGAAAAUUCAACCAGCCGAUCGGCUCAUGGGACGUCUCGGCAGUUGUGAGUAUGAAGGCUAUGUUCUGCAAGGCCACUUCUUUCAACCAGCCUAUGGGCUCAUGGAAGACAUCUUUGGUGACGAACAUGCGGUCAAUGUUCGAGAGCGCGCAUGCUUUCAACCAGCCCAUCGGUUCGUGGGACACAUCAGCAGUGACCACCAUGGAGAAUAUGUUCUUCGAUGCGCACGUCUUCAACCAGCCCAUUGGCUCAUGGGAUACAUCUCAGGUGAAGAGCAUGGCUGGAAUGUUUGGCAAUGCCAAUGCGUUCAGCCAGCCUGUGGGUAGGUGGAAUACGGCAGCAGUCACGGACAUGAGCUGGAUGUUCUCCGGUGCUCACGCAUUCAACCAGCCAGUUGGCUCAUGGGAUACAUCUCAGGUGAAGACCAUGCAUGCAAUGUUUGACAGUGCUUAUGUCUUCAACCAGCCCGUCGGUAGGUGGAAUACGGCAGCAGUUGCAGACAUGAGCGGGAUGCUCUUCGAUGCCCGAGAAUUCAACCAGCCGAUCGGCUCAUGGGACGUCUCGGCAGUUGCGAGUAUGAAGUCCAUGUUCCGCAAGGCCACUGCUUUCAACCAGCCUGUAGGCUCAUGGAACGUGUCAGCUGUGACCAGCAUGAGUUCAAUGUUCAUGGAGACGCAUGCUUUCAACCAGCCCAUUGGUUCGUGGAACACAUCAGCAGUGACCACCAUGGAGAACAUGUUCUUCCAUGCGCACGCCUUCAACCAACCAGUUGGCUCAUGGGAUACAUCUCAGGUGAAGAACAUGAAUGCAGUGUUUUACAACGCGUAUGUGUUCAAUCAGCCCAUCGGUUCGUGGAACACGCAAGCAGUCACAGACAUGAGCUGGAUGUUUUACGGUGCCCAAGCAUUCAACCAGCCAGUCGGUUCAUGGGACGUCUCGGCAGUUUCGAGUAUGAGGUCCAUGUUCACGGAGGCGCACGCCUUCAACCAGCCCCUGGGCUUGUGGAACACAUCUUCGGUGACAAACAUGCGUUUUAUGUUUGGCAAAGCUUAUGUGUUCGAUCAGCCCAUCGGUUCGUGGAACAUGACAGCAGUUACAGACACAAGCCGGAUGUUCUUCGAUGCCCGAGAAUUCAACCAGCCGAUCGGCUCAUGGGACGUCUCGGCAGUUGCGAGUAUGAAAGGUAUGUUCUGCAAGGCUUCUUCUUUCAACCAGCCUGUAGGCUCAUGGAACACAUCAGCUGUGACCAGCAUGCAUGCGAUGUUCGAGAAGGCGCAUGCUUUCAACCAGCCCAUCGGUUCGUGGGACACAUCAGCAGUGACCACCAUGGAGAACAUGUUCUUCCAUGCGCACGCCUUCAACCAACCAGUUGGCUCAUGGGAUACAUCUCAGGUGAAGAGCAUGGCUGGAAUGUUUUACAAUGCUUGUGUGUUCAACACGCCUGUCGGUAUGUGGAACACGGCAGCAGUUACGGACAUGAGCUGGAUGUUUUACGGUGCCCAAGCAUUCAACCAACUAGUUGGCUCAUGGGAGGUCUCGGUAGUUGCGAGCACGAAGGCUAUGUUCUUCAAGGCAACUUCAUUCAAUAAGCCUGUGGGCUCAUGGAACACAUCGGCAAUGACGACCAUGGAGAGCAUGUUCUUCGAUGCCCACGCCUUCAACCAGCCAGUUGGAUCAUGGGGUACAGCUCAGGUGAAGAGCAUGGCUGGAAUGUUUCACAAUGCAUAUGUGUUCAACCAGCCUGUCGGUAUGUGGAACACGGCAGCAGUUACGAACAUGAGCUGGAUGUUCCACGGUGCUCAAGCAUUCAACCAACCAGUUGACUCAUGGGAUACAUCUCGCGUGAACAACAUGUCCGCAAUGUUUCAGAAUGCCUAUGUGUUCAAUCAGCCCAUCGGUUCGUGGAAUACGGCAGCAGUUGCGGACUUGAGUUUUAUGUUCUGGGGUUCUCAUGUGUUCAAUCAGCCCAUUGGUCAGUGGAACACAUCACAGGUUAAAAGUAUGCUGUCCAUGUUCACGGAUGCCUACAAGUUUAACCAGCCUAUUGGAUCUUGGAACACCUCCGCCGUCACGGAUAUGAGCAGGAUGUUCCUUCAAGCUUAUGCUUUUAACCAGCCCAUCGGUUCAUGGGACACAUCAGCGGUGACCAGCAUGAGCCGGAUGUUCUAUGCUGCAAAAGCUUUCAAUCAGCCUGUUGGUUCAUGGGAUGUGUCAAGAGUGACAGACAUGGGGGCAGUCUUCUGCCGAGCGAGUCGCUUCAAUCAACCCCUAGCCUCGUGGAAUGUAUCUGCUGUGACAUUUAUGAACGGAACGUUCGAGAGAGCACUUGAGUUCAACCAGCCCAUUAGCUCAUGGGAUACUUCAGCCGUGCGCAACAUGUCGGAAAUGUUCGAAAGGACGUCUCGGUACAACCAGCCCAUCUCUUCGUGGAACACGUCGGCAGUUACAGACAUGAACCGGAUGUUCUAUGCUGCCCGUGCCUUCAAUCAGCCCAUUGGUGACUGGGAUACCUCAGCAGUAACGAACAUGAACCGCAUGUUCAACCGUGCUGCGGUAUUCAACCAGCCCAUAGGGUCCUGGAACACAUCGGCUGUCGAAGACAUGUCUUUCAUGUUUCGUGACGCCGCUGCUUUUGAUCAGGCCAUUGGCUCCUGGAGCACAUCAGGCGCUGUCAAGAUGAGGGGCAUGUUCUACGCGGCUCAAGUGUUUAAUCACCCUCUCGCUGCAUGGACUACAUCUUCAGCGGUGGAUAUGAGCUCGAUGUUCCGGAAGGCAUAUGCCUUCAACCAGCCUCUUGAUUCCUGGAACACAUCAGCUGUUUCAAGCAUGAGAGGGAUGUUUGCCGGCACAGUAUCCUUCAACCAGCCGCUCGCGUCGUGGAACACAUCAAUGGUGAUAGACAUGAGCUUCAUGUUCCAGCAGGCAUUCGCUUUUGAUCGCUGGAUAGGCUGCUGGGACACGUCAGCUGUGAGAGACAUGAAGGGAAUGUUUUCUGGAGCUCACGCGUUCAAUCAGUCUCUCGCUACCUGGAAUACUGCAAGGGUGGCAGAUAUGAGCGGCAUGUUUGAACAAGCUUCCACCUUCAAUCAGCCCAUCGGCGAAUGGGAUACCUCGGCUGUUACAGACUUCAGCCACAUGUUUCAUGAAGCUUCUUCGUUCAAUCAGCCGCUCUACUCUUGGCAAACUAUGUCUGUGACAGACAUGGGGAGCAUGUUUGACGGUGCUCACACAUUCAACCAGCCCAUCGGCUCGUGGAACACUGCAGCAGUAACCAAUAUGCACGCCAUGUUUCGGCAUGCAUCGGUAUUCAAUCAGCCACUUGGCUCCUGGGACAUGUCGGCAGUCGCCGACGCCAGCUACAUGUUCUAUGCUGCACCUGUUUUUGACCAACCCCUCCACUCAUGGAACGUGUCGGCUUUGAUGGAUGCGAGCUCAAUGUUUCAGUUGGCAGUUUCCUUCAGCCACGUGAGAGAUGUGGAAAACUGGCAAUCGGUAUCAUUCCCUGCGAACCACGCAGAUGCGCCUCAUUCCAUCUACGCGCAGGCGAUGGACGGCCUGGCCGAGUCAACUAGCACCGACGAGUUUUUCCAUCUUGCAGAGGAUUUCGCCCGCCCACCGUGUCGAACCGGAUUCAGACCCGUUUCCGGCGUUUGCACCUCUUGUCCGAAAGGGCAUUACGCAAGGGCCGGCGAGUCCCAAUGUCAGGAAUGCCCGAAGGGAGCCGCUCCCACCCCAGAUCGGGGCAGUUGCAAGGACUGUCCCUUUGGGACAUAUGCCCUGGAGUGUCGUGAUUCAUGUGCCUUUCCGUUCAUGCUGUAUGACCACGGCUGUGAGCUUUGGCCAUGGCCGGUUAUGAUUGCCAGCGUCGUGUCCCUCUUGGUGGCUGUGCAGGUCGGGGUACUCUGGUGGCGUGCGCGCAAAGCUGCCAAGCUCGCUGCCAAGAUCGAGGCUACGAAGGUGCAGAUGUACGAUGACUUGUGGCAGGAGCUCCCUGGCACCGUCGUUGAGUACUCAGCUCGCUUGGAGAAGCUCGGUGUUGACAAGGCGGAGGUGACCAAGCAGGUGGCAUCGAUGCGAGCACGGCAAAGCAAGAGCGCGGGAGUUAGCAUGCGGUACGUCCUCUCCGAAGAGUUCACAAGUUUGGCCAGGCAGCGAACCGGCAUGAGUGAUCCCACCUUUAACGACAUGAAGAGCGCAUUCUGGCUAGCCGCGGACCCGAUUGGCCAACACAUUCAGUGCCCGCGGGACGGCAAGAUGGGCUGUGCACUUGUGGACUGGAUACCCAAAGAUGAGCGUCGAGCUCAAACACACUUCCUGUCUUGGGUGUGGGGAUACCACAUUUCACAGGUACAGAGUGCUUUGAGGAUGUAUUGCUUGAGUGCUCAUUCGGCAACUGCAGCUGAAAGCAUCUUCUUUUUCAUGUGCUUUUUUGUUAACAAUCAGUACAGAAUUAUUGUCGAAGAGACAUCUGCGGGCAGUGAGAACCUCGAGACCAUCUUCGAGGAGAACCUCAAGCGGAGCGGACGGAUGGUGGCUGUUUUGGACACCUGGCACAAACCAGUGUACCUGAGCAGGAUAUGGACUGUGUACGAGCAGUUCAUGGCGUCCACUCUCGAGAUACCGGUCACGAUCGUGAUGCCAGAGUCUGCCAUGACAUCUGUUCAGCAGCAGAUCUCUUGCGGCAAACAGGGCAUCCAGGAGAUCACGGAAUCCCUCAGCCGUGUCGACUCCGAACAUGCAGGGGCGUGGAAGAAGGAAGAUGAGACGAAGGUGAAGGGUAUCAUCGAGGAUACGGUGGGUUUCAGGCAUGUCAACAGUCACGUCACUGAGGUUAUGGUAAGAUGGAUCGGAGAUGUGGUCAAGCAUCAGUUUCACGAGUUGAUCCAGCAAGCCCAGCGCAGCCAGCAUUCACAGGACACCAGGCCCCGGAAAGAACCUCCUUAA